GCCUGUCACUUUGCACGUGUGAAGGAUUGUUGAUUCGUGUUACAAGUGAUAUUCAGCCGCAGUUGUUUUAUUCGGUUUUUGAAUAAAAGGAUUAUUAGUUCUACGAUAUCUUGUUGUUGUCAAAUUGAUUGAUUUGAAAUGAAACGACUCAGUGAGGAGCGGGCAAAAAUCCUUUUUGAGAAACUCGCGAAAUUCAUUGGUCCCAACGUCAAGCAAUUAAUUGAUCGCCCGGAUGGAACCUAUUGCUUUCGGGAGCAUCGGGACCGUGUCUACUACGUGUCCGAAAAGAUCCUCAAGCUUGCUGAGACUUUCAAUCCAAACCAACUUGUUUGCGUGGGAACAUGCUUUGGGAAAUUCACGAAGAGCAACAAAUUGAAGCUGCACAUAACUGCCUUGACGUACUUAGCACCUUACGCCCAGUACAAAAUCUGGGUAAAACCAUCGUUCGAGCAACAAUUCCUCUACGGAAACCACGUACCCAAGUCCGGGUUAGGGAGAAUAACAGAAAACACUCCGCAGUACGCAGGAACCGUUGUGUAUUCUAUGAGCGACAUGCCUUUAGGAUUCGGUGUAGCCGCGAGGUCUACAGCAGAUUGCAAACUGGCGGAUCCCCUAGCCACAGUGUGUUUCCACCAAGCAGAUAUCGGGGAAUAUAUAAGAUCGGAGGACACCUUGUUUUAGACUAAGUUAGGUUUUUGGAAUUUUACAAAUAAAAUAAGUGAAAAGCA